AUGGGAACAAAACGCUCUAGAAGUGGUUGCUGGACAUGCCGCGAACGCCAUCAGAAAUGUGACGAGACGAAGCCGGCAUGCUUGAAUUGCCGCAUACGAGGUGCUGAAUGUGGGGGCUACGGCAUACGUCUCGCCGAGUUCACUGUCCGCGGCGAUGGCCAAAUGGUGUCCAAGAUGACUAGAGGAGGCCCUCGCCAGUCAAAGGACCGGGACCGUAAUCCGAACAAGAAGCCAAAGCAUCGAGAAUCAGAGGCGGGUGAUGUUGAAUGUGCGUCAAAUGCGACGCAAGACAUCAGUCAUCGAGGCACGCCGAUGAAUGAUGGCUCGGUUCCAUCGAGUAGCCCUGGAGUUGACCCGACCAAUCCGCCCCUUAACCCCAAGGCAAACUUGGAGUCGAACCUGGGAGUGGCCAGAGAAGAGGAUUUGACCCAGAUUGCCGAUAAUAUCUCAACUUCUAGCCAUCACUCCAUCGCUAAUCUCUCUCCAGAACGCAGUGAUGAAAGUCAGAUUAAUUCCGCUACACAAGAGUCGGCCGCUGGUGUUCACGAGGUCACACAAGACGCUGAAGAUACGUGGCAGAGCCAAGAUGACCCGGACACGUAUGAUGAUGUAGUCUUACAGUUCCCUGGCGAUGUAGCCCACAUACCGUCCCUUGAUCUUGAGGCCGUCAUCGGGUCGUUGGCUGUGCAUGCUGAUCCAGUGGACCACUUCAUUGAUGACCCUACACUUAACUUUGGGUUAGAUCCUGCGAAAGAUGACCAAGAAGAAGGGGAGCUAGGGUUCGAUGAUGCCGAAGAGCCACAGGCGGCCGACCGAAUAUUGUCACGGUUCAGCGGCAGCUCAUCUCUGCCACCCACGCCAAGUGACCCUUUCGAACAAUAUUUAUUCUGCCAUUACAUGGAAAACUUAUCUAUGUGUCUCUACCCUAUCAGACCAGAUCUCAAUCCAUACCGCGAGAUAUACGGGGCCCUCGCCGCUCGAUCGUCUCCGCUCCGAAGCACGAUAAUGUUCGCCUCAGCUUUCCAUCUCGCAAACCUGGGAAGGCUACCCAAGUUUGCAAUUCAGCCAUACCGUAAAGCCAUGAGAGAGGCAUUCCGAAAAGCCCUGGCCGCGGAAACUGAUAUUGAGGGACUCGCCGCUACGGCUCUGCUAUCGGUGGUCUUUGACGUUAUUGGGACUGGCCUGGAUGCUUGGAGCUCGAAGCUCGUCGGCUGCAGGCGACUUCUGGAGAGUGCCAUUCUCAGGUCAAAUGGGACCGUGGGUGCUUCCCUACAAUGCAUGGUCGUUCAGUACAACUGGGCUGCCGUUAUGAGCCGUACACUCCUUAGGGACGUCAAGCCCAAGGAUGUAAUUGACGAGCUGAGCACCGUUGUUCGUGCGUCUGAUAUCCAGCUGGAUGAUGAUGAACGUACCCAGGGGGCCAAGAGUCAAUCCCUCUGGUGGCACAACCUCCCUGACCAUACCAUGCACUUGAUGCUCCGCGAGGCAACAGAUCUCGCCAGCCAGAUUCAUCAUCUGAAGGUAACCUGCAGCCCAGUAGACGAUAUCCUGCAGCUCAUGCCUCAAGCUGGCGACCUCGUGGAGCGAUUGAAGAACUGGGAUCCAGAUGUUUCCAUGGUAGAUCUCGAGUUUGUGGAUUCGGUCGAGCACUUCAACGCCAUCUGGCAACAGGGUAUGCUCUGUUUCGUCUACCAUGAGAUCUACGCGCUCAGGUCCGAGGACAUGCGUAUCCAAAGAUGUGUAGACGCCGCCAUUGAGCCACUGAAGAAGCUCUCUUGGCUGCAAGCUUGUCUUUUCCCCCUAUUCAUGCUCUCAGUGCAUGCCCAGACACACGAGGCGCGGUUGGCGGCGGAAAAUGCCCUUAACAAAAUGCAUUCGUCGCUGGCAUUCCAGACGCCAUUUUCCAUGCUACUCUCCCUUAAGAACAUUUGGGAGUUCUCCGACUCACAUGGUGCUGGCAACUCCAAGUGGAGGGACUUGGUUAAGAACCUGUCGAUCGAGCUAAACAUAUUGCUGUGA